UCGUGGCUUCAAGGUUUAGAGCAACAAAAGUCGAGAAUUUGAAUUGGAGCACAUGGUUCUGUCAGCUGUUUCGAGGCUUUUAUCGGUUCUGAAAAAAAAGACUUUGCUGAGUGAUCUUCUGACAGCUGUUCCGGUCCUCGUUCUGCGUGUGGUAGCAGCCGGACUCUCGUCCUUAACUAGUACACUAUUUUGUUGGUCGCACUACUAUUUCUACAAAAAAAUAUGAAUGGAAUGGGCC